AUCAAGGCAGAGCCACAAGCAGAGCUUCUCAAAGCUCAGAUUCCCAUCAUGGCAGUGAAGACAAGGAACAAGGAAGACAUGAGAAGAAUUCAAGAUCACUGGAAUCUCCAUCGACAGAGAGGUGAUCUACAAAACCAGGUAAGUUUAAGAGUCGGUGCCACUCCACUCAAGAAACUUUCUCUCUCUUCUUUACAGAACUUCAAUGAGAAGCUGCCUGCAGAGCUGCAGGAAACUCAGGCUGUGCUCAAGGCAAGGGAGAUGAGGCUGGAGGAAGAAAUGAAAAUCGUCAAAGAGAAAAUUAAUCUCCUUCAGGAGCAAGAGGCUCGAGAAAAGCCAAUUUACACAAGCUCUGUCAUGCAACCUGGUGCAGCAGCAGUGUUGUUUCAUGACACCCCGAGUCCCCAAGCUGAGAAGUGGAGCCUUUUCAGCUCAUUUAGGUCCAGUGUGGCCGCAGCUGCCCAGAAACAGGAGAUGGAGGAGAAGUACUUGGAUCUACUGAGGAAAAUGGUGAAUAUGGGAAAUCCCGUGAUGAAAUACAUUGAACUGGGAAAUAUUGGCAGUGGGACUUUUGGAGAGGUUUGUAGAGCAUUCGACACUGCCACAGGAGAAGAGGUGGCCAUAAAGAAAACAAAUCUUCAAGGACUGACUAGUAAGGAAGUAAUAAUCAAUGAACUCAUGGUCAUGAAGAACAAUAGGAAUCUCAACCUGGUCAACUAUUUAGACAGCUACCUUGUGGAUAACCAGUUCUGGCUGGUUAUGGAGUACAUGGAUGGAGGCACUCUGAGCGAUGUCAUCAGCAAGACUCACAUGACUGAAGGAGAGAUUGCAGCUGUCAGUCGGGAGUGCCUGCAAGGACUGGAUUUUCUUCACUCGAAUCUCGUGAUCCAUCGAGAUGUGAAGAGCUGCAACAUUCUUCUCAGAACUGAUGGCUCUGUCAAACUGGCUGAUUUUGGCCUUUCUGCUCAGCUCAUCCCUGAGCAGAAUCAAAGGUGCUCCAUGACCGGGACUUCUGGGUGGAUGGCGCCUGAAGUUGUGACAGGUCAACCAUAUGGCCCCAAAGUGGACAUAUGGUCUUUUGGAAUUGUGGGAAUUGAAAUGGUGGAACGAGAAGUUCCUUACUGGAACCAAACUCCUGUCCGGGCUCAACUCCUGACAGCCACAGGAGAAACCCCAAAGCUGCGGCAGCCCAAGCUCUUGUCGCCUUUGCUGCGGGACUUCCUGAGCUGCUGCCUGCAGACAGAUGAGGAGCGGCGCUGGUCUGCCAAGGAGCUCCUGCAGCAUCAAUUUGUAACAUCAGCCAAGCCUGCAUCCAGCCUGGUGCCACUAAUCCUGUCACUGAAGAAGUGGAGGGAGAACGAGAGUGGCAAUCCACUCAGGACCAUUUUGUCCAAUACCAGCCUAGAGUAGGAUUGUAGAGUAAGAUUGUAGAGUAGGAUUGUAGAGUAGGAUUCCAUAGGAGGACUAUAGA